AUGGCGCCCGCACGGAAAAGGACGAACAACAUUGCACGCCGCAGGCGGCUCGACGACGAGGACGAGAGCAAGUCGGUGGCCACAGAGCUGGCGGACGACUCACAGAGCGACGUUUCGGUACCCAGCGAUGUGGACGAGGACGCCGACGCCGACAACAGCGACCUGAGCGACGCAGACAGCGGCGUUGCGCCCACAGAAGCGAAGCCAAAGCGGAAAGCAAACGGGACUCGCAGUGCAAAAGCGGCCCCGGCUGUUAGCCACCGGCAGCCAUCGCCGUGCAUUGCCCGGUCCGAUGCCGCCUUUACAGCGCUCGAGGACACGGAGGCCAUGAUGAGCGGACUGAGCAUCACGGACGCAGCGAACGACGCUGAAGCGGUGGACCUGGAGACGGGGGAGACGGGGCCCACAGAACCAGCGCCCGCCGUUGGUCCGCCGUCUGGACGGCCAGAGACGCAGGGUGACCGCAGGCGGCGGGAGCACGAGGAGUACAAGAAGAAGCGCGACUCGGAUCCAGCGUUUAUCCCCAACCGAGGCGCCUUCUUCAUGCACGACUCUCGCUCAGCGCCAGGCCAGAACGGGUUCAGACUGAUCGGUGGGCGUGGUCGAGGGCGUGGAGGCAUUGGCGGGCCAUUUUCUCCAGCAAACAUGAGACAACACGCCCCGGAGGCUACAGACUCGCCAUGGCAGCACGACCUGCACGAGGCUGUCAACGCGCCUCACCAGCACCCACAACCCGCGCCACCCGGCAACGCCCCCGCACAACAAGCACCAAACGCACCACAGCAGACCCAAAGAGCGCCAUUCGUGCCUGCCUCGAAACCGCCCCAGACUCGCAACUUCUCCACAACCGUGCACACGCACAACGCCGUCGUCCGGAUCUUCCUUCCCGACAUGAAAGCGCCCAUCACCUUCCAGAACGUCCCCAUCAAGUCGCACACACGCCUGCCGAACCACCGACCUCCUCUUCGCCGCGACAAGCCAGUCCGUAUCUCAUUGCCUCCAUCGGCACCGCGAUACAUCUUCCCCACAGUAGAGCGAUCAUUCAUCUUUAUUCCACGCGCGCUUCGUCCCAACCAGCAGGGCUUCGGUCGCGGGCGAGGGCGGUUUGGUUCGAUCGGUGGCGGAGGCUUCUCGAGCAGGCGCACAAGUGCGUACGGCGGUAGCGUAUACUCACCAAGCGUGGCCCUUAGUAGACGGUCAUCUAUUGCUCGGGACAACAUGGUAUCGCCAGCUGGAUCGAUAUUGUCUAGGAGCGGCAGCUUCAUCGACCCGUCUCGGCCUGUUGUGCGACUGCCCCCUGGCGGUGUUAGGACGCCUACUGGGCCGGCUAUCAUCUCGCCCACCAACGGAUCAUACCCCCUGCCGCAGAAGCCAGCAUUCCGCGAGAACUGGGCGCAAGGCCAGCUACCUAUACAUCAGCCGCGCCCCCAGAAGAACGUCAACGUUGCAGGCAUUGAGUCGCCCGCCUCGAUGAACUUCAACCCUCCUCAACAGCAAGAACAGCAGCCUUUCCACCAGCAGGUUCCGGCCCAUAUCAACGGUGCUGGGCCGUCAGGCGAACAGCCAGGCUUCUACCAGCAUGCUCGCCAGCCAUCGUUCCCAGGUCAGGUGUCUACAGGCACACCACUAUCGAAUAUCCCAGAGCGUGCCAUCUAUGCACCUGCCUUCCAGCCAUUCCAGCCCGGAUACCCAGCCCAGCCAUUCGUGCCACAAGGUUACUACUACCCACCCAACGGCCCUCAGCCACAACACAUGGCACCUGGUGGCAUGGCGCCGAUGUUUGUCCCUGGCGCACAACAACCCUACGCCAUGCCUGCGCCGGCGCCCGCCGUUGCACCUCCUCCGCCGGCCGCCGCAGGCCCACCCAAUAUGGUCGCGUACGAGCAGAACGGCAUGACCUACUAUGUCGACUCCCAUCAGCUUCCGUAUGCGCCUCCUGCGGGGGAAUACGCACAGCCGAGCUAUGCGGUACCGGGCAUGGGCGGUAUGAUGACCCCUGGACCAGAUGGCGCGUACUAUUACCCGCAGCAGAUGCCGCCUGCUGCUUUUUACCCCCAGCAGUAG